GAAAGAACACAUUUUGCGGAUUUAAAUGUUGGAACACGAUAAACGGCGAAGGAAUGUCAUUAUGGAGCUGGUGAGGAGGUACAAGGAGGGUAAACUGACCACAUCUCAUGUCAGAGCAUUAAACAACAUGGUAAUAUGCCUUAUGAUAUUGGUGGCAGGCAUUUCAAUAAUAUGGAGUAUUUCGAUACACAUAAUAUCGGCUGAUUUCUAUAAUGGUUUUAUUGGUGCCAAACUAGCAUUUCGUGAAAGAGAUUUCACGCAAAUGGACAACAAUGAAAAGGAUCUCUUCUAUCAUGACUUGGGUAGAAUUAUCAAUGAGACAUAUACCGAAGCGGCCUUAGAUGAUAUAAAACCAGAUGCCUUAGUGAUGCCUAAACUGGAAGAUGCAGAUAAAUCAGUUGCCAAUACAAAACCAAAAGUCCGCAAAAUUGCCCAUGUCUUUCAGACAAGCAAUUCCAAAGUACCUGAUACACCGUCAAUAACAACCGAUAACGAGGAUGCUGAUGAUGAAUCGAAUGCACCCAAUAAAGUGCCAAAAAUUGUAUUCAAUGUGGAAAAAGAUCGUAGAUAUUUAGCACACAUGACAAUUGAUAUUCAUCAGACCCGCUGGCCACAAAACCUUGCUGUACAAUAUAUCUAUGGUUUUCCAUUUCUAUCAGAAAUUGUGGCCAUAGUAUGGACUGCAAUGUGUUUAAUAUUUCAGUCGGGUGUCAAAAAACAAUGGGGACUACCGAAACCGUGGCGCAUCGUGGUUCCCUCAAUAAUAAUGUUCACAAUAAUGACUGUAGCAAAUCUAAGCUAUUUGAUAUUAGCUAAUGGCUUCGUAAAGACUUUUUGCAAUGACUUAAGAGGCAAUCUCAGUAAACCAGAUGCCAUAAGCUGUGGUGAUGCCAUGUCUGUUUUGAGACCCCUAAUUCGACCACAUGACCUAUCUCAUCAAGUGUACUUAAUGCUGUUCAAGGGUUCAUAUAUCGUAGCCAUGAUCCUUUGGAUAAUAGCACUAUUGAUUAUGCUGUUACGAUUCAUAUUGGCCAUUGAUUUUCAAAUGGUCGAUAUCGAGACAAGCUUUGAUCGUGAAAUGCGUGAAGGUAAUUUUAGAGAACGAGAUUUUGUUGAAGUACUGCUAAGUUCACCACAACAUUUGAAAACACCACAGUUGGGAACCAAAGAUGAACGUCAUCGCUCGGAAGACGAUUUUCAGAGUGCAAAAUCACACAUAAGCGAGGCGGCAACACCUUUACUCGAUAACUUGGCCACAAAUGUACCUCUGACCAUGGGUGAAAGAAGAACUUAA